UUACCAUGUCAUCACUGAACAACGUUCGAGUCUGCAAGAAGACGUUUGACAUUGCGAGGCUCUGGAGUGGUGUUCGGUUCCAGGGAGACUAUCCGUACAGUUUCACUAGAUUGCCCUCCACCGGUACUACAGAAUGGCGAAUUUCUUCGACAACAAAGCUCGCGCCCUGGCGGCGGCGUCGGCCUCAGGUUCAAAAGCAAAAGUGAACGAGCCGGUAGUUGCAGCUCCCCGGUUGGCACCUUGGGUCGAGAAAUAUCGUCCAAGAUCCCUCGAAGAUGUACGGGCGCAGGAUCAUGUCGUCCAGACACUGAACAGAAUGGUCCACGCAUCAAACCUACCGCAUCUGCUACUCUACGGACCACCAGGAACUGGCAAGACCUCGACGAUAUUGGCACUCUGUCGUGAACUAUUUGGCCCGGAGUUAUUCCACUCGAGAGUUCUGGAGCUCAAUGCCAGUGAUGAACGAGGCCUUGCCGUGAUCAGAGAACGAGUCAAGCAAUUCGCAUCUCUGCAUCUCGUCAGCGCACCCGCUUCAAAAGAAUAUCGAGAGCGCUACCCAUGCCCUCCUUUCAAAGUCAUCAUCCUUGACGAAGCCGACUCUUUGACUCAAGAUGCUCAGGGCGCCCUGCGACGAGUGAUGGAGGUACACAGCAAGAUCACACGCUUCUGCCUAUGCUGCAACUAUGUCUCCCGCAUCAUCGAUCCGAUUGCAUCUCGAUGCUCAAAGUUCCGCUUCAAAGCACUUGAGGGCGGUCAAGCAUCAGAACGAAUCCAAGAAAUCCUUACAGCAGAGAAAGUCAAGUACGAAGAUGGUGUGAUUGAAAGAGCGCUGAGAGUUUCCGAUGGUGAUCUCAGACGUGCAAUCAAUCUCCUUCAGAGCGCUGCUCGUCUCGUUGGCGCCACAGAGCAAGCAUCCAACGGUCAAGCCUCGAAGAAAUCGAAAACGAUCCCAGACGACUCCGACGAAGAGAUGGCAGACGUGGAUGAUGCGAAAGGCUCUUCGACGACGGUUCACCGCAUCAAAAUCUCCGAUAUCGACGAGAUUGCAGGUACAUUCCCGCCAGACCUCACUAACGGGUUAGUCAAAGUCCUUCAGAAAGGAAACAUCCGGAACUACAAUGCCAUCGCCGCACAAAUCACCGACAUUGCUGCAUCGGGAUACGCAGCUAACGAGGUCUUGUCAAGCUUGUACAGCAAACUCAUCUUCGACGAUCUUGUGGAUUCGAAGAAGAAAUACAAGCUGACGCAGAUGUUCUCAGAGUUCGAUAAAAGACUGGUGGAUGGUGUGGAUGAGCAUCUCGCUCUUCUUGACCUGUCUUGUCAGCUAGCAGGCGUUCUUGCAGCGUGACGGGCCUUUGUUGGUACCUUUUGCGGGAAAGCACUACCGUAUCAUUCGUGGUAAAUGGGGGAGUUCAAACAUAAGCGACGGCGUUACACUUCACAGGGAUGGGACUUGAUAAGAAAGAUCCUUGACGUGGGAACAGUGUGGGCUAAUGCGCCCUGACACACGAUCUGUAUCAAACAACGCCAAUCAAGUUCGUGGACUUCAUGCGAUCUUCACCAGCUUCGUCUUGACUUCAUAUCCGUCAUCACCCGGAAUGACCCGCCCGUCAGCCGUCCUCUUCCUCCGC